GUAGAGCCAGCAUCUUGUUAUCAGAAGGCCGCCGGUUCGAUCCCCUGUAUGUCGGAGUGUCCUUGGGCAAGCUGAUGAUCCCCAAACUGCUCCUUAUGUGCUGAUCGGUACCUUGCAUGGCAGCCACAUCUGUGUAUAGCGGGAGAAUGCACAGAGAAGGAUCAGUGACGGUUAGAUGAAGAUGAUAAAAGUCUUGACUAUGGAGGGGAGGAUUUCUGCCUUGAUUCUUCUGUGCCUGGUGCUGUCAGGUGUCGGUGCCCUCCAGGUGAACAUCCCACAGGACUCAUAUGAGUAUGCCAGAGGUGACAACAUCAUACUGCCCUGCAGCUUCACACCCAAAACCCCGUUAAAGGAGACAGAUCUAGUUAUCAUCAAAUGGUCUGAUGAGACUGCAGAAGCUGGUGCUGAAGAGAACCGGAUUCUCUCUUAUUAUUCCCUGAAUAAACAACUUGACAUCACACCGCUGUAUGAAGGUCGGGUAUCCCUGGACGUAGAUGUUAUGAAGGGAAAGGCUGACCUGAAACUGUCCUCCAUCACACUAGCAGACAACAAGGAGUUUCAGUGUAGUGUCCAGAUCCCGGGUGAUGACGAAGGCAAAUUGGCUGACAAGGCACGAUUGGUGGUUCUAGUUGGUCCAUCUACGCCCAUCUGUAAGAUCCAGGGUAAAGCAGAGUACGGCCAGAACAUCAACCUGACGUGUCUGUCUGAGAGAGGUUCACCACAACCCACAUAUAAGUGGGAAAGUCGAGAUGUCAAGAACACUCCCCACGCUGCAGAUCUCAGAACAACUGACAAGGGAGGCUCCCUGUCUCUGUACGAUAUCUCGACAGAGACAUCAGGAUUCUACAUCUGCACCUCAAGUAACAAGAUCCGCUCUGCAACCUGCAGCAUCACCCUCUCAGUCAUGCCACCCUCCACGAACAUUGGUCCCACUGCAAGAAUCAUUUGUGGAGUCAUUGCUACGCUGAUCAUACUCAUCAUCGUCGUCUGUUGCUACUGCAAGAAGAAAAAAGUUUGAGGGGAAAUGCAUUACAAUGUGCAUCCUUCUUUUCCCUGGACAUGAAAUGCUCAGUCAACAUCAUGUCCAGCUUUUAAAUGUUCCUGUUAAGUUACUCCAGCAGGUCAUGCGUUUAACAAAAUUGGCAAUAUCUGUAAUUUCUGUGCAACAUAUCAGUUUUUUACUCUGUAUGCCUAUGAAAUA